UGACCUAGGGAAAGAUGGCGGCGCCCUGGUGGCGUGCCGCGUUUUCCGUCACUGGGAGAUGCCGGGGCAUCAGCACUUCGGCCUCCCUCAGCCGCCGGACACCGCCGCUCGGGCCCAUGCCCAACGAGGACAUUGACGUGAGCAACCUGGAGCGGCUGGAGAAGUACCGGAGCUUCGAGCGGUACCGCCGCCGGGCGGAGCAAGAGGCGCAUGCCCCGCACUGGUGGCGGACCUACCGGGAGUAUUUCCUGAAGGAGACAGAUCCCAAAGACAGAAUCAACAUCGGGCUGCCUCCACCCAGAGUCAGUCGGACCCAAAAGCUACAGGAGCGGAAACGCUUUCUCCAGGAGCUUCGUGCCAAUUCGGAAGAAGAGAGGGCAGCGCGCCUCCGCACGGCUAGCAUCCCACUGGAGGCAGUGCGGGCAGAGUGGGAGAGGACGUGUGGACCCUACCACAAGCAGCGUCUGGCUGAGUACUACGGCCUCUACAGAGACCUGUUCCACGGUGCCACUUUUGUGCCCUGGGUCCCCCUACACGUGGCGUAUGCCCUGGGAGAAGAGGACCUGAUCCCAGUGUAUCAUGGCAAUGAAGUGACUCCUACCGAGGCUUCCCAGGCUCCAGAGGUGACCUAUGAGGCAGACAAGGAUUCCUUGUGGACACUGCUCUUCAUCAACUUGGACGGACACCUGCUGGAACCAGAUGCUGAGUACCUUCACUGGCUGGUAACCAACAUCCCCAGCAAUAGGGUAGCUGAAGGGCAGGAGAGCUGCCCCUACCUCCCCCCCUUCCCUGCUCGAGGCUCUGGCUUCCACCGCUUUGCCUUCUUGCUCUUCAAGCAGGACAAGCCAAUCAACUUCUCCGAGGACACCCGUCCCUCACCCUGCUACCAGCUGGCCCAGAGGACCUUCCACACCCUUGAUUUCUACAAGAAACACCAGGAAGCCAUGACUCCAGCUGGUCUGGCUUUCUUCCAGUGCCGCUGGGAUGACUCGGUCACCCACACCUUCCACCAGCUUCUAGACAUGCGGGAACCUGUGUUUGAAUUUGUACGGCCACCCCCUUACCACCCCAAACAGAAGCGCUUCCCCCACCAGCAGCCCCUACGCUAUCUGGACCGAUACAGGGACAGUCAUGAGCCCACCUAUGGAAUCUACUGAGUAUUCAUCGAAGAGGGUGAGAGGGCACAGCUGGAAGCUCACAUCUCAGGAGAGACCAUCGGAAGCCAACUGAGACUCCCUGCAGCCCCCCCCCCCCCCAGCAGACCCAGGGGCUUCGGUUAUAUGUGAAUAAAAUGCUUUUUUCCUGAA